CCACAGUCCUCUACACGUCGCUGUCAAGCCAAGCUGAGGUCCUGCAGGAUAUUUAGUCAAAUCUGGGCAGUAGAGCCUUAAUCCAUAAUCAUGGCUGAUUCCAAUGCUAAGGACUAUCGUCCAGAACCAAAGCCAACUUCAUUUCGUAGCACAUUGGUGUCGUACUUGACACCCAUUGCGCAAGGCUCAGCUCCGUUCAUCUCGACCUUCUUGAUGAUCCACCUUGCAGCGCCCAUGGUAGCGAAUCUCGGCGGCUCGUCCCUCUCGUCUCAAGUAAUGCUCCUGGGUCGGGAGUAUUACCAAACCUCAUUCGGAGAGCGCUAUCUUGUCAUCCUCCCCAUCUGCGCCCACGCAGUCAGCGCCACACUCAAGCGCAUCAUUUCUCCCCGGCCUGUUCGUUCAAAGACGAGCAUUCUUUCUAUGACCGGCUACGCCAUCAUGACCUUCUACCUCCCCGUGCACUACUUCCUCCACCGUCUUGCUCCAUCUUCUCCUGCGCCACCUAUCAACGCCCUCUCGCCCUCUGAAUUAGACUACGAAUUCGUGAAGACCGCGUUGCGAGAAUGGCCAGUGAGGAACUGGGUAGGUUACGUCGGUCUCACGCUGGCUGUAGCCCUGCAUGCUUCCGAAGGUGCGCAUUUGAUGCUCAGGAAUCUGAUGACGGGGAUGAAGAAGCAGUGGAAGGGCUGGAGUAGAAAGACACACAGGACUGUGGCUUUGCUGGGUGUGCUGCCGGUGUUGACUGGGUUGGUUGUUAUUGCGAGGGAACCGGUCAUGGCUUUUGCGAUGAACGUGGAGAGGCAUAAGACGGUCUUUUUGCAGAGUCCUUUGUACAAGUAUUAGAUACUAGAAUCGCACUCCCAGACGAUCAAGCCAAGUUGGGGACCCAAUAUUGUGGAUCGUCCUCGUUGC